ACUCACGAAUCCAGCAUCACAACAAUUUCAUUACCUGCUCUCAGAGAUACACAAUUUGCAGUCAGUUUAUAAUAUCAGAACAACAACUCAAUACACAACCACGAAAACUCACCUUGACACCUUCAGUCAAUCGAUCGAUUCGAUACCACUUUCGUUCAACUCGCGCAACCAACACUAAUUGUUAUCGAAGCGGUUCGAAGUCCAUAACUCACCUUAAUGCAGAAACUCGCAACGAUUUUCGCGGCAAACAUUUAUCCAAGAUCCAAGUGAAUCAACAACAGCACUGAGCAGCACAUCAUCAACAAGCUUCAGACGUUCCAUCACCAAAUCAGCAAGACAAUAACAACUCGUAGCCAAUUUCCAGAAGCAAAAGAACCAAAGAUGAAGUUUCAAGUCCAGGUCAGGAGUACUUGCUGCUGUGGUAGCUGAAACUCGCAUGGCGGCAUCACUGCUUCGUCUUCAUUACAGUGAUUGUUUUGUUCAGGGUUGUGAUGCAUCAGUAUUGUUAGACGAUACAUUAAGUUUCACAGGUGAAAAAACAGCAACCCAAAACGCGGAUUCCUUGAGAGGUUUUGAUGUAAUUGACAACAUUAAAUUUCAACUCGAAGCUGUGUGUCCUGGUGUUGUCUCUUGUGCUGAUAUUCUUGCUGUAGCGGCAAGAGAUUCUGUUGUCGCACUAGGUGGACCUAGUUGGACAGUUCAAUUAGGGAGAAGAGACUCAACCACAGCAAGUUUAGAUUCUGCAAAUUCAGAUUUACCUGAUCCAGAUUCAGAUCUAAAUGAUCUUAUUACUGCUUUUUCAGGGAAAGGUUUCACUGCCAAAGAAAUGGUUACUCUAUCAGGAGCUCAUACAAUCGGUGAAGCGCGUUGUAUAUCCUUCAGAGACAGGAUUUACAACGACACCAACAUAGAUCCGACAUUUGCAACAUCAUUGAAAGGAAGUUGUCCAACCUCGGGUGGUGACAACAAUUUGUCACCAAUUGACUCCACCACACCAAACCUAUUUGAUAAUUCUUAUUAUAGAAACUUGCAAAUUAAGAAGGGUCUCUUACACUCAGAUCAGGAACUUUUCAAUGGUGGUUCCACAGACUCUCAAGUUAAUUCUUAUGCUGACAACCCUGCAAGUUUUAGAGCUGAUUUUGCCAAUGCAAUGAUCAAAAUGGGAAGCCUUAGCCCACUUACUGGGUCCAAUGGUCAGAUAAGGCAGAAUUGCAGGGCGGUCAAUUAAGGUUUUGGAAGUUUUGAGAACAUAAUGAUGAUAAUCAAUGUGAGCUUUUAUUAGUGUGCAAUUGUGUAUUUAUUAUUGAAUUGUCAUUGUUUUCAUAAAUGUAACGUGUUUAAAUUUAAUAUGGAUCAAUUUUAAUGUUUACUUGAGUAAUGCAUGGGGUAUUAAUCUAUGUAAGUGUGACAAUUGAAACUCGUGUGGAUGUAAUAAUUUGAGAAUAGCUUACAUGUGGAAGUGUCGUUAAACUGUCAUCAAACUCCUAAUAAUAUAAUAAUA